UUCCUCGCAACACAAAUCAGUCAAUCGACACCCUGCGCACUCUGAUAAUCACUAUGCCCCUCUCUACAACAACAAGAUGGACGACGCAAGCCCUCCGACCGAAGCUCCGCCUCAGCGCAAACAACAACACCACCAGCCGUCACUUCUCCGCGCAUCGGGCUCUCCGCACGAGCCCCGACACCUCCGCAUCCGCCAUCGCAACAGCCUUUCUCACACGAUUCCAGUCACUGGGCCCGCAAACCCGCACGCAAACGCUGGACGCAAACCAACUGCAGCUCCUCUCGCUAACACUGAACCGGCCCUCUCUCUUCCCCAACACACCCUCCCUCUCCAACUCCCCCACGCCGCUCCCAACCGGUACCCCACUCCCCGCAGGCUACCACCUCGUCUACUUCGCGCCGGCAUGCCUCGAAACCGAGCUCGGCAAUGACGGCACCGACACCUCCUACAAUCCGGCCUCACCCUUCACGCGGCGCAUGUGGGCCGGCGGCGAGGUGCACUGGCCGCGCGACGCCGCCUCGGGCAAGCCGAAUCCCCUCCGAGUCGGACAGGAGGUGCAGGAAACGACGCGGGUGCUCAGUGCAGAACCGAAGAUCGUCCGCAAGACGGGCGAGGAGAUGAUCGUGGUUGGGGUGGAGAAGGAGUUCCGCAAUGAGGACGGCGUCGCUGUUUUGGAUCGGAGAAACUGGGUCUUCCGCAAAGCUCUAACCAGCCCAUCACCCACACCAUCACCACCACCACCACCGACAACCAGCAACCCACCCAGUACCGCAACUACAACCACCUCAAAGACAGGCAAAACCCACACGCGCACCCACCGCCAAACAGCCAUUUCACUCUUCCGCUUCUCAGCGCUAACAUUCAACCCGCACAAGAUCCACUACUCGACGCCGUGGGCGCGGGAUGUCGAGAGCCACAAGGAUAUCGUGGUGCACGGGCCGCUGAAUCUGCUCGCUAUGUUGGAUCUGUGGCGGGAUACGCGGGGCGGUGACCUCGGGGGCCUGAUGCUCCCUGAGGCGAUUGCGUACCGGGCGACCAGUCCGUUAUAUGCGGAGGAAGAGUAUCAGGUGGUGUUGGAUGAGGAGGCGGGGGAUGGGGUUGGAAGGGUGCGGAUUUUGGGGCCUGGUGGGGUGGUGGCUAUGAAGGCGGAGAUUCGGUAG